AUGAACAGUCUUCGUUACCUCCCCACUUGCAUAGAGUCGAAGCCUUUCUGCCGGCGGUACUAUCCGCUGACGCGAGCACCAGCUGCUGUCACUGACAGAGGUGGCGCCUCUCCGAGUCGUCCAGAUGCGUGCGCCGCCACCCCUGAGGCUCCCGCCAACUCUGCCGUCGGUUCUGCCGUUUCUGCCGCCGCGUCCGCUGCUUUAGGCGGCGCGCAAACCGCCUACGGCCCCGUCCCCUCGCACGUGCGCGCGACGUGCGCCCUUUGCGCGCGUACCGCCGCGGUGCGCUGCGCCGCCGACCGCGCGGACCUCUGCGUCGACUGCGACGCGGCCGUGCAUUCCUCCAACUGCAUCUUCAUCCGGCACGCGCGCUUCGUGCUCUGCGCGCGCUGCGCCGCGCCGACGAAUUGCCUGUGGCCGCCUGCGGCGGCUGGCGCGAACCACGCUCUUCCGCCGCGCGUAGUGUGCGGAGCAUGCCUUCCGCUUCCUCCCGACGAGACGCUCCCCAAGCGCCAGAAAUUCGACGCUUCCGCCGCAUUGCUACCCCCGGGACUUGCGGGCUCAAGCGGACUCAAUGAUAUCCUUUUUCAUCCAUUCUCGGUGCAACAGCAGAAGCAGAAACAGGAGGUCACGCAGCCGCCGCUUCUUACCGUUCCAAACUGUUUCAGCGCCGGUCCGGGAAGCCUGACAACAGUAACCAGGAGCCAGAUUGAAGCGGCGUUUCCGCUGCUCAACGCGCUUUCACGGUCCAACGACAACCUCUCCCCGGACCUUCCGCCGCUCCCAAACUCCGCCUCCUGCAGUUCCCUCACUGGCGCUUCCCCUCCCCGUCCCCCGACUCCGCGGACACUCCAGCUCUUCCCCGUAACCGCGGAGAGCGCAGCCGCGGAAUCCGGGGGUCAAGCGCAAUGCGGGGGAAAAACGUCACCUCCGAGUACCUGCAGCGGCUUUUCGAGUCAGCCGCAGGCGGCGGUGGCGGAACGUGGUGCUGCUGACACGCGAAGCCCGCUGCGACUCCUGGCGGACGUCGCGGGCGCAAAUGCAGCUGACGCGGGGGCGGCGGAAGCGGUGGAGUUGCCGACAUUACCAGAGCUUGCUCUCCGUUUGACCGUGGCCCUCACCCCGGCGGAGGCAGCGCCUGCUGGCCCGUCGGGAAAGGGUUUAGGGUUUCAUCUGACCGAUUCUUUUGCGGACGCAAGCGAAAUCACCACCAACAUAACCCUUCUGGGCAAGAGGAAGUUCGAGCGUAAGGGAGACCCUAAAAUUGAAGCAGGAGAGAAACAGCCACCGUCGCUGCCGUCGAUGGUUCCGCCGUUUAUCCAAUCGGCUUCGGUCAUCUCACCACCGCCGCCGGUCUUGGUAGAGUCGCCACCACCGGCAGCACCAGCCGCUGCGACAGCAGUGAAAUCGUCAGCGGGAGCGGCGAUGAUAUCAGCAGCAGGAGCGGCGGAGCAGGCGGACGGAUAUUUCCACCUCUCUCCGCGCAGCAACUUGCGCCACCAGGUCGCGGACCGCCUGCGCCGCAUCCUCUGCUCGUGGUGCGCGAAGCUGGCGCUGCGCGGGCAGCGCGUGGUCGACCUCGCGCUGCACGUGCUUCAGCGCGCGCUAAAGGACCUGCCGCUCGGAUCCGUCGACAGCAACGCGCUGCGCGUGCUGCUCGCGGCGUGUUUGUGGACGGCGGCGAAACUCGACGGGGGCCGGCAGAAGGAUGUUCCCAAUGCCGCCGUGAUGUCUGCCGUCUCACUGGUGGAGGUGAGCGUGCUACAGGCGGCGGAGCUACAGCUGAUGAAAAUGAUGAAUUGGAAACCUCUGGAAGGGUUUGAGGCUUGA